AGAUUAGAUUUGUUUCCGUUUCCGGUUUUUGGACUUUCGGUUGUUUUGUCAGUUUUGCUUUUGCUUGAGAUAGAAGACUUUUUGGCUAGGCAAUUCAGUUUUAUUAUUGUUUAUCAAUUAAUUUUAGUUGCUUUUCCAAUAAUGAUUCUGAUAAGUCACGUUUUUCAAGUUUUCAGGUUGUCGCCAAAGUAUUAGAACCAAUUUGUUUUGCUGUAUUUUAUUGUUUUAGUAGUUGUUGUAGGUUAACCUUAUUUCAAACAAUAUAAACAAUCAAGUUGAAAAUGGAAUAAAGUUUAAUUGUUUGGAAUAAUCAUGAAUAUAUUUUCACGUACCGUGUAGUAAGCUUGAAUUAUUAAACUUUCCUUCAACAUCAGCCAUGUGCCAACGACAAUCAGAGGAGGUUUCGCUGCUGCGUAUCAAGAAACAGUUGGAAGAGUUGUGGCAUACUACUGAGCUGCUCAUUCGUAUCCUGUCAACAAAUCUCCAACACACGAAAAACGCUCUCAAGCCUAUCUUAACAGUUGAAAGACGCCCUAUUCCAACAUUGCCUGAUCCUAUUGUGAUAUCUGAACAGUUGGAGGCAAAAUUGUGUGAGAAAAUCGAUCAAGUCAUUAGCUUUACUCAUAGUGCCGUUGAAAGGUCAAAGGGAUGCUUGAUGACUGUAGAUGGUAAGCUCCAGAAGAAACUAGUAGUGAAUCCCACAGCUGGACAUUCGCGGCAUUCAGAUAGCACGUUAGGAAAAAAUGUAAAUGAUGAAUCUAAUCUUAAAUCAAAAUUUUCGGGAAGAAUUAGAAAAUCUGCCGGGCACAAUAAUGCUGAGUUUUUGAAAACAACUUAUGGAUGUGCUUUUAGCAAACCAAAAAGAAAUUCCAGUGAUAAAUCAUCGAAAUCAACCACAGUUUGUACCAAAAACCACCAUAGUAGAUUUACAGUGCGCAAUCAUACAAGUGAAAACAUUUUGGACAAUCCCUUCAAGGACAUAGAUGAAUUGGUUAGAAGUGCAAAAACAUGUUCUAAAAAUGUUGUGCAAGUUGGUGUCGAUUCUGUCCCAGAUAAUACAAAAAUAGAAUAUUCAAGAACAUCGAUCAAUCUUGAAGAAGCUAUAAAGAAGGGAUUUAUUGAACCCCAUAAAGAACUGAUUCAAUUUAUCUCAUCAUACCGAAAAUGUUUGGACCAAUUAUCUCACCCAACCAAUCAUUGUGAAAACGUUCAUCGAUCAAGAUUUCUUCAGAAACUUGAAAAAAGGAAUGAGAUGCUCUAUGCAAGCAGUGACGAUUCACAAAGAGAACUCCAGUUACAUUUCGAGAAUUCUUCUAUUAAUAGUGAUGACACCGACAAUUUAUCAAAUUUUACUUGCAGCAAAUUUCCAGACAUGCCUCAGAAAUACAAAGGAUCUCACCAGUGGAUGGAUUUAGAAACGGAAAAGCUGGAAUCAAUCUUAUGGAAACAACAUCUGUAUCUUCUGGAAAUUAUUGACUCAGAUUUGAACAACAUCAGCAGCAUCGAAAAUAGGGCCAUCCUAUCGAAGAUAUCAACAUCAUUAAGAAGUAUUGUGCCAUAUUGACAUUUGAGGUAACUGUUACUCUAGCCAUUGUUCGUCGUAAGUGAAAAAGCUUUCAAAUGUAUUUCGAAUUAGCUAGCAGCUCCUUUAUAUAGUUUAAUUAUCCAUGUUAAUAAAUUUAUUUGUGUAUUUGGGGUUAGGAGUGCUUUACCAUUCCACUCAAUUGGAAGUGCAGAAGGGUCAAUUACUUUUUUAAAUACCGAUCAAAAUUAAAUAAAAUUAAAAAGUUGAUUGAAAUAAAUACUGAAAUCAAAUAUAUUUGAAUGAAUAUUGGAAGUAGAUAUUCAAAUUUGAAGAUACCAUCCACAUAUCUAUGUAACAGUACCAAUGAAAAUGUCCGGUACAGUUAGAAUAAGUUUCCUAUAAGUUCUAAUAGUACUAUUCACACUAAUGGCACGGCCGGGCUGAGUGGGGAUAGUCCCAUUAAAACAGUAGACCUCGCGCAGUUAUAAACUACAGUCUCCUCUUAUACUGCCCACCAGAGUAAAUUCAGUCCUGUCCUGUCGUGUCGGCAAGAUAUCGUUGUAUGAACGACUAAUGGCUGUUUGGGUUGUUGUAUCGACAAUGCUAAUAAUUUGAUGUAAACAGCUAUAUGCUACUAUCAUCAAAAGCUUACCGAGUUGAAAGCAGAGAAAAGUCGGGAGAAAAUACUAUGCUACUCCAAGUUAUUAGUAAUUGCAUGCAAUUAAUAGUCCACAAACAGCUGUGUUUUAAUUAAGUUACAUUGAGAUAUUGAAUUGCAUGCGAUUUAUAAUCCACUCGACAGCUGGUUUAUGAUGAAUAAUUCUAUAUUCUAAUUUUUACUCUAAUAUUGGCGUAUGAAGGAGGCUCCUUUUCCUUUUAUAUUAUCCUUGACAUUUUCAAAAACCUUAAAUAUACGUCGACGCGCAAUUUAAAAAGGAACAUACCUGUCAAAUUUCAUGAAAAUCUAUUGCUCGUUUCGUUGUAAUGCGCAACAUAUAAACAUUAAGAGAAAUGCAAAACCGUCGACUUGAAUCUUAGACCUCACUUCGCUCGGUCAAUAAUAUUUUCACUGUACCGGACAUGAAAACUGAUACUGAUAUGUAGAAUUCAGCCUAAGUUCAACACAAAUGUUAUAAAAAGAUAAAAAGGACUAAUGAGUGAGUCAAUUAUUUUCUUAGAUGAUGAAAGAAUGCUCAGCUAGUAUUUUUAGGUGACUGCAACAAAAAUGAUUAUUAGUUCUUCCGCGGUUUCAUUAUUGUACACUUAUUGAGAACUAUGGUAUAUAGAAACUAUUCAUAACUUAUUUUGUCCAGACUUCUAUGAUUUAGAAACAAAGGUCUCUAAAAAAACUCUCAAUCAUCCUUAGCAACAACGAUCUCUGACAACAUAACAAAACGACAGUUACAAUAGUAAUAAUGGGCCGGGUGUAUAAAGACGAGUAUGAAAAUUAAAUUAUAGAUCAGCAUCAAGAAACAAGUAAACCCAAAAAUCGAAGUUAAUAAAAUGUUACUGGCAAGUAAAUUCUUCCAACGUAAAUUUUCAACGUAGCCUGAUAUCUAACUUGUAUUUGUCUAUAGUGUAUUUAACAAAGUAACGACGAUUUAAACAGAAAAUUGUAUGUGCGUCCCAGCAUGCUUAUCACAUAGCUUUCACCAGAACUAAACACAUCAAAAUGUAUUUAUAUAUUUUUCUUAUAUUUGAUUUUUGUUAAAAAAACGAAAAAAAUAGGGUGGUUGCUUCCUAUCCUCUGUUAUUAGCUACCACCUUCUUGUAUUGUGUCUCAAAUAAAUCACAUUUAUAUGUGAUUUGUUACUUUCUUCAAGUCGUAUGCUUGAGCACCAGGUUUUGGAAACCUUAAUAAUUUGUUCAAUAAAAAAUUGAAAACUUAUAUUAACAGUUAUUGUGCAUUCAUGACAAUGAAUUCUAGAAAAUAGUGUUUGGUGCUGAUAAUAUGGGUGCGUUGCAGCUACUGCUGGCAUAUAUCCAGCGAAUAGAGUUCCUUGUCCUGGAAUUGGAUUGUAACACUGGCAUUUCUCCACUUGAAGUAUAUUUACUCCAGGUACUUGUGUGGUUCAAAAUGGAAUUCGCUGUUUUUAUUCUAUUCUACUUUGAUUUCUUGAUUUAGUACUGUAUUGGUCUCCCACCCAUCAUAUUGUUUUAGCUGGGUCACGGUUCCAUGUUCCUUCAGCAUAUAAAAGCAAGGUAGAUGAGUGCAUGAUCUGUGCACAAAUUCGUGUUAGGAAGGUCAAGAAAUUUUGCUCUGUCCAACUUUUCCUAAAGAAUUUUCUCCCUUAACUUGUUUAUAGCAUUUAUCACUCUUCUAACAGAGAAAUAGCCGCGAUAAUUCUCUAACUGUAACCUUCAGGUUAAAUAUUUCUGGCAGUAAUUUGAAAAGUCAAUAUCUUUUGAUUAGAAGUGACAAUAGUGAAUACUCGUUCCUUAUUUGUCGUCAAAUAACAUGCAUUGACUAUGAGGAAAAAGUCGUUACCUAUAAUGCCAUUUUCGACAAGGUUACAUAUUACAUAAUUCAGCAAUUUCUUGCAUUCAACAAGAAGUUAUUUACUACAUCUUUAGAGUAGGGUUUUAUUUAGACUUGUUGGGACAAUAGCCCAAGUUUGCUUUUUACAAUAACACUCGCACUUUUUUCAUGUUGAAGGUGAUUUCACUUCGAUUUUUGAACGUGUAACCUCUCAAAAUUCUCCAAUUGAACAUUAAUUUGUACUUUUGACGGUCUUCUUAAAAGAUCCUUGUAAACAUAAUCAAACUUCAACUUAUACUGGAUAAUACGAGAUGGAUUGUAUUCUAUUUCAUAAAUAUCUGUCACAACAGAGCCUCUAGCCUCACGUCCUGGAGUAAUUGGUGAAUAAUUUUAAUUGAAUUAUCAUUGAACAAAUCUAAUCUUUGGAGAAGUCAUUCUCAAUUACUUCAAUUGAAAAGGAAACUAAUCCAUCCUAUCAUAGAGUGCCUUACGAACUCGAAGGAAGGAAUCUGUGCUCUACAGCUUAUUUUAUAUUCUGGAAAUAUAAAAAAAAGAGAAAUCAAAAGAGAAAUUUGUACAGUACUCCGGAACCAAAUUAUUAUUAUCAUUCUCUGGAUCAAUAAAAAAUUAGGAUUCUUCAUCAUAGUCUUGAAUUGAUGGCUCUGGAUUGGUGUUUAGAACCUUGGUUGAUGAAGGAAGGCUUUCAUACCAUCCAUGCAGCUCGAUUGGAAUGAUGUUCUUUUUGCACAUCAUUAGAAGAUCCUUUUUCUUCUCCACUGAUAUGGGAAGCCUACUGUUGUACAGCCGUGGAAUAGUUUCAAUAGCUAUAGCCUACUACUAGUUUUUUCGCUUUUUCAAUUGAGUGUUAAUCUUCUUAUACGGGCUCGUGUGGUCAUACCUAUGAAACAUCGUGUUUUCAGAUGAUUUUUGAUAUUUGAAGCAUUUUACUUGAAGCCAAUUCACAGUAU